AUGUUUUCAUCUACGUUUAUCGCACCAGAAGAAUGGAGUAUGGACAAUUCAACUAAUACUCCUUUUUAUUACGAUGCCCAUCGUUGUGGAAUGCCAAUCAAACUUGAUAAUCAGGGAUAUCUCCGUAGAGAGAAGAGAUUUCGUCCUCCACAUCUCAGACAUCACCGACGACACUUUAACAAGACACGCGAACAUGUACAUAGAAAAAUGAUGGGUGGGUAUGAAGUGGAAGAAGGCGAUUUACCAUGGGCUGUAACUAUACAUAAAAUUUAUCAGGAGCAUAAAGCUACCUGUUCUGGCACUCUCAUUUCAAGACGUCAUGUAAUAACAGCAGCACAUUGCUUUGCUAAACCUGGAACCGAAAAGGAGGAGGCUGAAAGAUGCAUGUAG